UAGCACCGCCGCAUACGAGGAAGAACACAAACACACUUCUUUCCGGUGUAGAGCUGGUCGAGGAGCGCCUGUCGUAUCUCUUAUAGGAACAAAUUUGCUUUAACUUUUUGUGUGCUGACAGUCGAAAGCUGAAACCAUGAGGGCAUUAGGCUUGGCAGUUGUCUGUUUGAUCUGUUUCACUGGUCUUUCAGUCGCCAAAGAUGCUCCACCCGAGGUUCAGGUGUAUACCCGUACACGCUCAGAAGUUGGGAAAGAAAACACCUUGAUCUGUCACGUGAAAGGGUUCCAUCCACCAGAAAUCACCAUUGAUCUUCUCAAGAAUGGAGUGAGCAUGACUAAUUCCAAGCAGACUGACCUGGCCUUUGAUGAGACCUGGAACUACCACCUGACCAAGCAUGUUCGUUUCACUCCAAACAAAGGAGAGAGGUUCGCCUGUAACGUGACUCACUUGGGAAAAUCUAGGAUGUACGACUGGGAUGGCGACAUGUAGAUUUUACGCUGUGCCUCGCUCCAGGUGUCUUCGCUGUAAGAUGGAGAAGACAGGAAUGUGCCUAUAAUCGUGGAAUUUUCUGAAAUCUUGGGUUUCAUUGUAAAAGCUUCAACUGCACUCUCAUCAGCUUUCUCUUUUUGUAUCAGGAAAUACACAUCAAGGUAUAUAGCUUCAUUUAGUGAUUGUUGGGGUUUUCAGAUACAUAGCGAGGAAGAAAUAUAAACACUGCACUAUUCCUGUUUUAUUAGUAUCUCAGUCAUAUGACAAAUGACCCAAAAUGUCCUUUGUCAGUGAGUUUAAAGGAUAGGUUUCUGAUUUUCAUGUGCCUGUCUGUCCUGUAUGAGCUUUGAAACAGAUCUUUUGUGUUGGAGCCAUUCCUCCUUUUAAAGCAGAUCAUUAACAAAGCCUUUCUUUAAUGGGUUUCUGUCUAAAUAGCAAAAAAUGAGAAGGGGUAGUGUGAAAUUUAUGCAGGCUGCAUAGUAGCUAUAACUUAAUUUUAAAAAAAUAAAAAAUUUGCUUCUCUGAACAACAAAUAACAAAUUUGCGUUUUUUUGCCAUCACAGUGAGUGCAGCACCAUCAGAGCUAUUGUUAGAUUUCUAUUUUAAGCCAGUAUAUCCUGGAGAAUUGCAAUGUUUUUAAGCAUAUCUAGCUAAAGUGUAAUAUUGACAUUGGUCUGUAAUUAACAUUGACAGACACUAAAUACCUGUCAGGGUAAAAGUUCACAGUGAAGUUUGAAACUGUCACAUAAAAUGUUGUACUUGUCGGUUGAAGUUUUUGUAUUUUUGCUUUGUAAAUGUGUACAUUUAAAAGGUAUCAGCAAAAAGACAAAAUCAGUUAGGAUAUAGUAGCCCAUCCAGUCUUACUCAUCUGUUGUAAUAAUAUUUGCAGGAGUGAUAUUGCUGCAAACUUGGAACCAAAGCAGCCCAACAUGAAUUAUUUUCAUUAAACAUAGAUUCACACUAAA